GGCCCACUGUUUAACCCCCACACAAAACUCCACACUCCUACAGCUCACCCCUUCCAUCUUCGAUUCCAUUCGAUACCUUUCCCUUUCGAUCCAUCUUUAUAUAUAUUAUGGAUACGGAAAUCUCCUCCUAAUCAAUCCCACUCCCCCUGAUGCUUAUUCCCCUGCUCAAUUAAUUGAACUUGAAAUUGUCCGGCGACAAUGGAGGCGGCGGAGUACUCGGCGAAAUCGGAAUCCAAAAUCCUGAAUGUAGGGCUUCUGCUGGUGGCGACUCUGGUGGCGGCGAAGCUGAUCUCGGCGUUGAUAAUGCCUAGAUCCAGAAAGCGGCUGCCGCCGGUGGUGAGCGCGUGGCCGGUUCUCGGCGGUUUGAUCCGUUUCAUGAAAGGACCGGUGGUGAUGCUGCGGGAGGAGUACCCUAAGCUUGGGGGUGUGUUCACUCUGAAAUUUCUGAACAAGAGCAUCACGUUCCUGAUUGGUCCUGAGGUUUCUGCUCAUUUCUUCAAGGCUCCGGAAUCCGAUCUCAGCCAGCAGGAGGUGUACCAGUUCAAUGUGCCUACGUUUGGACCUGGUGUGGUGUUCGAUGUCGAUUACAGUAUUAGGCAGGAGCAGUUCAGAUUCUUCACCGAGGCACUCAGGGUUAAUAAGCUCAAAGGUUAUGUCGAUCAGAUGGUUACGGAAGCUGAGGAAUAUUUCUCGAAAUGGGGAGAUAGCGGCGAAGUCGACCUAAAAUACGAGCUCGAACAUCUAAUCAUCCUGACGGCAAGCCGAUGUUUGCUAGGCGAAGAAGUUCGCAACAAGCUAUUUGACGACGUCUCCGCUCUCUUCCACGACCUCGACAAUGGAAUGCUCCCGAUCAGCGUCGUAUUUCCGUAUCUCCCAAUCCCCGCCCACCGCCGCCGCGACCAAGCCCGCAAGAAACUCGCCGAGAUUUUCGAGAGAAUCAUCGCCUCCCGGAAACAAACUGGCAAGUCGCAGAACGACCUGCUCCAGUGCUUCAUCGAUUCCAAGUACAAAGACGGGCGUUCGACGACGGAAAGCGAGAUCACUGGCCUCCUAAUCGCCGCCCUCUUCGCCGGCCAGCACACGAGCUCAAUUACCUCGACGUGGACCGGUUCGUACCUCCUCUGCAACCCAAGGUACAUGUCGGCCGUUGUCGACGAGCAAAAGAACCUGCUCGGAAAGCACGGGAACAAACUCGACUACGACACUCUGUCAGAAAUGGAAGUCCUUUACCGCUGCAUAAAAGAAGCCCUUCGACUCCACCCGCCAUUGAUAAUGCUGCUCCGAAGCUCCCACAGCGACUUCUCCGUCAAGACCCGGGAAGGAAAAGAAUAUGACAUUCCGAAGGGACACAUCGUCGCGGCGUCCCCCGCCUUUGCGAACCGGCUCCCGCACAUUUACAAAGACCCAGACGUUUACGAUCCCGACAGGUUCGCCCCCGGGAGGGACGAGGACAAAGCGGCCGGCGCGUUUUCUUACAUAUCUUUCGGAGGCGGACGUCACGGCUGUCUCGGCGAACCCUUCGCGUAUCUGCAGAUUAAAGCUAUUUGGAGCCAUUUGCUGAGGAACUUCGAGAUGGAGCUGAUCUCGCCGUUCCCGGAAAUCGACUGGAACGCGAUGGUCGUCGGGGUGAAGGGGAAAGUGAUGGUUCGAUACAAGCGGCGAGUGCUUUCUGCUUAAUAACUAUGAUAAAAGGUCGUCGGAGGUACGUUUUUUUUUUUUUUUUUUUUUUAUGCAGCGUAAUCUGUUAGUUUCGGGUAGAUUGUAGUUUUCGAGUCUUGCGAUUACAGACUUUUUUGGUUUUUUGGUUUCUUGGUGUAUGCUCGUUUUGUUUUGUCGAUUCGAUUUCGAUUUCUGCUGCCGUUGUUAUCGACUUCUUGUGGUGUUUUCUUUUAUCUGAUUUUGGGUUUGUCUUUGUGUUGA